AUGGACUCCUGCACGAGUCUGAAAGCUCAGGACAAUAAGCAAAGUGUUCCGGUGCUCGACUUUCUUCUUCUUCUUCUUCUUCUUCUUCUUCUUCUUCUUCUUCUUCUUCUUCUUCUUCUUCUUCUUCUUCUUCUUCUUCUUCUUCUUCUUCUUCUUCUUCUUCUUCUUCUUCUUCUUCUUCUUCUUCUUCUUCUUCUUCUUCUUCUUCUUCUUCUUCUUCUUAUUUUAUAG